CGAGCCGCAUCUGCCAGAGCUUCUGGUCCUGCUCCGACUGCUCUCACCCAACAGAAAGAUGAAGGUCUCCGCAACCGUUCUUGCUCUUCUCCUCAUUGCAGCCUCUUGCUCCCAAACUUUCUCAGGCCCAGUUGGAUCCGACCUCCCAAUCUGCUGCUUCUCUUACACACAGCACAAGCUCCCGCAGAGGCGCAUCCUGCGGUAUUACAGCACCAGCACCAGCUGCACCCUGCCGGCCAUCGUGUUCAUCACCAAGAAAGGCCGCCAGGUCUGUGCCAAUCCCAGUGACACCUGGGUUCAAAGUUACCUGCAAAACUUGAAGCAGAACUGAGCAAACCAAGAUGGCAAGCGUAGCUGCUGUCAUGCAUGGGUUGUGUCAUCUUGAGCUCCUGUGAUGGAGCAGGACUCUGGGGCAACAGGAGCUGCACAAGCCCACGUCGUCUGCAGGCGGCUCCAGGGGACUGCUGAAAGGCCACCACGAGACUCCUUGUGUUGGGGUGCUGCUGCUUGCCCUCGGCUUGCACAGACCGGUCUGCAACCUCAUCCCUCUGCCCUGACACCUCCACCUGUGGCCUGGGAAGGCCCAUGGGACUGCACCCCUAUUAUUCUUAUAUUAUUUUAAAUUAUUUAAGAAAUUAUCGUAUGGGUUAGGCAGUACUUUAUUCUGUGGAUAAUAAUGGUAUUUAUGGGAGGGUGUUCCAGAGUCUCAGUGUUGGAUGAUGGGUGGC